GGUAUUUAUCCAACAUUUCGAUGACAUGACCUCAAAGCAACAUAAUGUGGUCUUAAAGUACUUCAUCCUCAGUUUCCUGUCGCACUCAGGUUCAGCCUGUGUGUCUGCCUCCAACGGCAGUGCAGAGUGGUUGAUGAAGAAUCUGGGUCCGUUUUCAAUGUUUUUGUCCCUCAAAGAGCUGCUUCUUCUCAACCCGUACUUCAACCCUCUGGACGUCCUACAACUCCUGACUCCAGCACAGAUUGCAGAGAUGCUGGUGUUGAAUAUUCCUACUCUUCCAGACAAAGAUGUCAUCAUAAAUACAAUCUUUGAUUACCUGACUGAGUCUCCUGACAAAUUUCCAGAGUUUCUGUCCUACCUCGUUAUGUUCCUUCAACAGGGAAACCUUACCUGUUCAUCAUACAAAACUCUGUUUAGCAGACUGGACUUGGCCAUGGCCACAGUCUCUCUUGAUGUAGCGUCACGCAUCAUGUACAGCAAGACUGUCUUAUCCAUGCACAUACCACCAGGUUGCAUCAUAUACGGUGGAGAGUGCAAUAUUAUCAUGACAAAUGAAACAGACAUUUGCAUCGGAGUGAACAGCACAAUGCUGCAGCUCCAACUUGACAGCGGACAGAUGAAUGGACAUUUCUGUGACUUUGCUGUUGAGAAAUUCGCUUGUGCCUCGCUGUCAGCAUUGAAAGCAGAAGAUCUAGCGGUGAUUUUGGCGUGUAAUCGCUCCUCUACCUCCAGAGGCUCAAGACCCAUCUGGAAUCUUCUCCUCUCCAAAGCUUCAGGUGUGCUGGAUGAAGCUCUGAGUCUUGUAACUAACAAGACUCUGGACCCCAGAAACCCUGCAGUGCCGCUGAUUUUGGACUCUAUACAAGAAAUCCGAUUGAACACGUUCAGCAUGGCCAGCUACAGUGAUCCUGCACUCAUCCAGCUGUGGUUUAACCGCUGGCUCCGCCCUUUCCUGCCAGCUGUUUCCCCUGACUUCCUUUCAUGUCUCGCCACAAAAGGGUUGAACUGCAGCACCUACCAGUACAUCGUGCAAAUUUUGAGCCAACUCCAGCCACGCAUGACCCUCGCCACGCAGAUAUCUGUCUACACAAACUUCAUCAAGGUUUUCCUGACCAGGCAUAACACCACAGACCCCAGCUGCAGCUUGAACAUUAACAACAGUGUAGAAUGGAUGCUGAAGAACUUGGGAGGUUUCUCUGUCCUCAUGUCCUUCCAGGAUCUACAGAUGCUCUAUCACAACUUUUCAGUGAUGGAAGCGUUACCACAGCUGACAGUCAGACAGCUAGCGGAGGUGUCCGCCACACCUGGCCAGCUCAUCUCUUCAACCCAGGUUAACAUGGUGAUGAACUACAUCCCUGACCAACUUUUCCCAGCUUUCUUUGAUGACUUCUCACCAGCUAUCAGUGGUCAUGAAAACAUGUUCCCUUCUCCAGUGUUGUCAGCCAUGUUGCAAGUUGUGUUUGCUCGUGCAAACCUCUCAGAUCCCUCAGUGAGUGAUUCAGUUGUGUCACUGUGGCUCAGCAAACGACUGCCCCCGCUGUUGUUCAACCUGUCACCCCUCCAAGUCGCUAUGUUCUUCAGAAUACUGGCGGGGAGAGACUGCGCUAUCCAGCAGCAGGGAGUCAAAGACCUAAAUUCAACAAUCUCAUCUCUCAGUCAAGUUACACAGAAUGACAUCCACAAUCAAAUCGUUCAGGCUCUCAAAGGACCGAUACCUCUCCAGUGCUACAGUAACAACAACAGCCACAGUUUCUACAGUUUCUUGAAGAGCUCAUUCAUGGGAUUCCAGUUCCCCAACCUGACCACCUUCCUGUCCCUCAUGCCUCAGAACAGGAUAUUUCAGCUGGUGAACUCCAUGCCUCCAUCAGAUCUUGGAGAUUUUCUCCGUCGCCCUGACGUUGUCGACAACAGUGCAGAGCUUUGUGUGAUCUACGACAACUACAUCCAGACACCGGUGUUCCUAGAGACUGAGACUCUCCCGGCGGUGGUGAAGCAGCUUACACUGCCUUGUGUCUGGCCCAUGGCUCUCAGCAGCUCCACAGAGUCAGAGGUCAAAGCCUGGUUUGACCUACGCCUUCAAAGCUACUUGGUCUUCCUCACAAAGAGUCUGAUCAGCCCCAGUACCACUCACAACGCCUCCUGCCUGGCCUUCCAAAAGCUCAUUUCAGUUCUUGGUCAAUACAACUACACUGCUGCAAACUUUGCAAGGCAAGACGUGUUUAACACCAUCACAGCCUACCUCGCCUCAGCGACGGUGCCAAGGUGUUACAAUCCCAGUGACCCAGAACUAAACUCCACAGCCUGGUUUGCUUUGUACAUCGGCCCUUUCAUGCCUUUCCUCACUCUGGAGGCUCUUCAGACAUUUGGAUCUGCACAGGUUAUCCAGGUGUUCACAGUAAACCCCUUGAACAUCGCCCUCUUCAAUAACCCCGCCUUACCUCUCAACCUCACCAACUACUACACUCAGCUUGUUUAUCAACAGGACAGCAACUUCAACCCCUUGCUGCUUCCUGGGUUCAGUUGGUGUGUUGUUCCUGGUCCAGCAUUCAGCCAGCUGACUGCAAAACAAAGUAUGAUGGUUCUGCAGAACCUGACCACUCUCUGUACAAACCUGGACCCACAGGUUUCUGCAGCUUUGGCCAGUAACUUUGGUAAUAAAAUUGAUGUCGCAAUAAUUUCUGCCCUUGGCAACAAAAGCACCAGCCUGUCCAUUGGUCAGAUCAUGACAAUAACGCCUCAAGAACUAUUUGCUGCCCUCAGCACUCUCAGCAGUGUGACGGGUUGGACUCCAGGUCAGGCCAGCGUCAUUAUCCUGUCUCUGAUGUCUUCAGGGAUCAUGCAGAUCCACAACGCUUCGUCGUUGCUCUUGCUGGGCUCUCUUGUCGUGGGUUUACCCGCAACAACGUUCAGCAGCAUUGAUGGCUCCCAGCUGCUUACUGCAUCCAAAAAUCCUUCAUUUCUGGGGUACUUGAUGUCCACUCCACAAAUUAACCAGGAGAUCUUUGUUACUCAGAUCAUUUCAGUGAACAGCAACAGUGAGGUGAUCAUACAGAACGUUCCAGAUGAACUGGCCACUGAGAUCCCUCGAGCAUUGCUGGUGGGCUUCUCAAAUACCAACAGCGUUAUCACCACACUCAACAGGAAGAAUUGGAUGCCGUGGCAGGCUGAGUUGUUCUUUAAUAUAAUAGCUGUGGACACUGCAACCGCAGUGCUGGGAAGUCCAAAUAAUUUGUCAUCCUCAGUGCUGCAAGGGUUCACAAGCACCGGAGUGAGGACCUUUCCAAAAUUGCAAAUCAAAUUGCUGAUCAAAGCCUGUCGGAGGGCCGGCAUUCACAAGGUCAAACUGGUGGAGACUCAGCUGACCUGCAUGUACAACUACAUUAAAGGAGACCCAGAUGCCACCAUCUUCAACCUCUAUCCCUAUGAUAUGCUGCUGUACUAUGAUUACUCCCUGGUGCCACAGAACCAAUGCAGGUCCUAUUUUGAACAGCUGGCAAAUGCAGACUUCUUUGUCUUCUCCUCCGUCCUCAGCUACAAACUGACUGCUCUGUUUAAUAAUGCCAGGAGCUGCCUGGGUAUAACAAACACAAGUUUGACCAUGGAUAAUAUAUCAGUGUUGGGAAACAUGUGCUGCACUUUGAAUGGGUCCUACAUCAAGAACUCUGACCCCUUCAUCUUGGAAAAGCUCAAGAACUGCCCAGCACUCACCAACGCUCAAGUGGCUGCUGUUGAAGCUCUACUGCAGAGCGGGAAAACACAGUACGGAGCUCCAUCAACAUGGAAUCAACAGACUCUGGUGGACCUCGGGAUGUUACCGUUGUAUUUGACUUCAAACUUCUAUGCUAACUUUAACACAACCACAAAGCAGGCGUUCUUGAGUUACUUCCUGAACGUUAUGAGCAGCAAUGGAGUGAGCAUCCAGAUGAGACGGAGCCUGAUGGACGAAAUAAUGAGGUCCAUUACUAAGAAGUCAAAGCGAUCUAUAGUAAAUGGGUGCACUGUAGGAGUGAUCACCCAGGUGACCAUCAGCGACGUGACGUUCCCCUUCGUCUAUAACGACAUAAACCAGUUCAACUGCUGCCUCAGUGCCACCACUGUUAAAGAGAACUUGGAUGCCAUCACUAGGAAGGUGACCCAGACCCAAUACCUCCAGAUUGUUCUCAGCAGGCUGAGAGAGGCUUAUGUGGCCAACUCCACCAUCCCAGAGAGUCAGGUUCAGCUCUUAGGCCCAGCGUCCCGUGUAGCCACUAUUAAUGACAUCAACAUGUGGAAUAUCACUCAGAUUGACACACUCGCUGCUUUGAUGAACCCGUCGAAUGGGCAGUGGGACCCCAGCCUGGCUAAAGCCAUCAUUUAUAAGUAUCUGAAUAAGACAGGGAACCAACUGGGCAGUGAUGAGCUCAACGCCAUCGGAGGAGCCAACCUGUGCUCUGUGGACACAAGUGUUUUAAUGACCAUUUCCCAACAAAGCCUAAAAUCCGCCAACGCCCUGGACGUGUCCAACUGCACUACAGAGAGUAAGGCAGUUCUGUUCACCAUUGCCAGUCAAGCAUUUGCCCCAACCACCCGCACAGCUAUCUCUGAUAGCUCCUACCAGCUCACGCAACCUUACCUUGGGGGUGCAAAUUUAAGCUAUAUCCGAAGUUUGGUGGCCUCCAAUAUCAGCAUGGACAUUGUUACCUUCACCAAUCUGAUUACGAACGUUGUACUGAACCUGACUGUUAAUCAAGUUCGAGGUCUUCUUGGAACCAACCUGCCAGAUUUAAAGAGCUAUGAAAACCAGACACUGGUACGGGCCUGGAUCAGCAGCCAGUUGCAGUCAGAGCUUGACACACUGGGAGUGGGGCUUGUGGGAGGCAGGGCUGGCACGAUAGCUUCCACUACCUCUCCCACCACAACCACCUCAUCAUCAGUGACCACCGCCACAGGCAGCUCAUCAUCAACCUCAUCAACAACUGGAUCCAGCAAACCCACAACAGCAUCUUCUACCACCACAGGUAAGCCUAACAAUGGUUCCCGCAUCCGAGCAGAUGCUGGUUUCUCUAUGCUUGUUCUCCUGGCGCUACUCAUCGCUUCUCAGAACAUUCUUGUAUGAAGAGGCACAUGGCUGAUUAUUGUAACUUAUAAAUACAUAUACACUAGCAGGAAAUACUGUAGCUACAUGCUACAUUGUAUUGCCUACUAUGAAAAAAAUAUGUGCAAUAACAAUACAGUGGAUGUACAGUAUAAUGUAUUCUUGAUUAGUUAAUCUUUCAGUAUGUAUGCUCUGAAACCUUGUAAUACAUAAAUUUUAGACUCAUAUGUUUACUUGAUGAUUAAAUGAAGGCUUAACAUAAAAAUUAGGGUGACAGUUUCUGCUGUAAUUGUGUUGCUGUAAUCCUGUGUUUCCAUUUUGAGAGAGCACUUUCUUUAGGUAGGCCUACCUGAAAAUGAUUUGCAUAUAUGGAGCUGUAUGAGAUUAAAUGCGUACUGUAUAUUGUUGCACAGUCAUUAAGUUCAUCACUUGCUUGGUCGCAGUUUAUUAAUAUUCAAGGAUUUGGA